UAAACCAUUCCUUCUCUCUCUAGAAUGCUAGCUCAUGGUUCAGUGACAUCUCAUCCGACUUGAAAUCAAUAUCCGAGGGACUUGUGGUUGUGACAAAAGGAAGUUUCUCCACUAGCAGCAGUCCCAUCUAUCAUCUACUUCUCUCUCUAGAGUUCACUCAUAAGAAAAGAAACAAAGCCAGUUUCUGUUCUUGAGAUAAACUCCACCAACUCUUUUCAAUUAGUUCAUGUCUCUCAGUUACAUCUGAUAUUAAAUUAAAUGGAAUUUUCAUACAAGAUGUGUUUGGGUGAAAGGCAAUUGCGCAGCUAGAAGCAGCAGUACUCCGUAUCAACUUUUUUUCUAUCCUUCAGCUUGCUUCAUAUUAUAAAGAAAGGCACAGGAUUAGUGAGAAGCAACAUGCCGUUCAUCUGCAUAUCCGUGCACCAUUGCUGGAUCUCCAACCACAUCCUUCAGAUCCUUGCUACAGGAAACUUGGUCGCUUCCUAGCUGAAGCAUAUAGUACCUAUCUUUUUUCAUGUUGUGACCACAAGUAUUUAUUAUUUCCUACAAGCUAGAGUCUCUAGUCAGAACUACUGAACCAUAGAGGAAGAUCUCAUGUCAGCAGUACAAGGAAAGAACUCAGGCAAGGAUGAAGUAUAUGAAACUCGGAACGAAGCCAGACACUUUCUACACAGAGGAAGCUGUAAGGUCAGUGAUGUCAGAUGUACCAGCAGACCUCAUUAUUCAAGUAAAUGGCACAAAAUAUCUCUUGCAUAAGUUUCCACUUCUACUGAAAUGUGGCCUCAUACAACGACUCUGGUCCAACACUGACAAUGAAACUAGCCAGUUGGUUUCGAUCUCUCUUCACAACAUCCCUGGAGGAGAAGCAGCCUUUGAGCUAUGUGCCAAGUUCUGCUAUGGAAUCUCCUUCAACCUCAGUGCUCAUAACUUUGUGCCAGCAAUUUCUGCAGCAAAGUUUCUUCAGAUGACUGAGUCAGUAGCCAAAGGAAACUUGAUAACAAAGCUUGAGCUGUUCUUUGAAGCAUGCAUCCUCCAGGGAUGGAAAGAUUCAAUAGUGACACUACAAUCCAUGUGGAGACAGUCUGGGUGGUUAGAUGAGCAUAGGAUUGUGCAACCAUGCCUCAAUUCAGUUAUUGAAAAGAUCCUCGCACACCCCUCACAAGUUACAUGGUCCUAUACCUACACAAGGCCAGGCUACCCAAAGAAGCACCAAAGAAAAUCAACCCCCAAGGAUUGGUGGACAGAGGAUGUUUCUGACCUUGAUCUUGACCUAUUCCGGUCGGUCAUAUCCACCAUAAGAUCUACCAGAAAAUUCCCUGCAGCGCUAAUAGGGGAAGCACUCCAUGUUUAUGCAUGCAAACACCUUCCGAGUCCACAGGAAAUCCAAGAGCAGGCUCAGAGCUUUUCAGUGCAAAUGGAUCACACCCUCAGCAAACAUCGACAUGUACUUGAAUCCAUUGUUAGCAUGAUUCCAGCUGAGCUAGGAUCGGUCUCAGGCAGUUUCUUGUUCAGGCUUCUGAAAGUUGCUAACUGUGUUGGAGCUUCUCCAUCUAUCAAAGCUGAGCUUGUAAAACGAUCAGGUCGGCAAAUGGAUGAAAUCACUGCAAACGAUCUGAUCAUUCCAUCAUCCACAAAUCCCCAGUCUCAUGAUAUCAGCGCAGUGGAGGCAGUUUUGGAGAACUAUUUAGCACAGUUUCACCGACGAGAGGAGAAUGGAAGGAUGAUGGUGUCCAUGACGAAGGUAGGGAAGGUGUAUGAUUCCUAUCUCCAAAUCACUGCAAGGGAGAGCACUUUAUCAGUUUCAAAGUUCAUUGCACUAGCAGAAUUCUUACCUGAAAUCGCACGACAGGAGCACGAUGGGCUCUAUCAAGCUAUCAAUAUAUACAUUAAGGAGCAUCCUGAGUUAAGCAAGGAAGACAGAAAGAAACUAUGCAGGUUGAUUGACUGCCAUAAAUUGUCACCUGAAACACGCGCAAAUGCUAUUGCAAAUGAUCACAUGCCAUUGCGCACUAUAGUCCAGCUCCUGUUUGUUGAGCAAGAAAGAAGUGUUAGAGCGAGUAGCAGUAAAGAAGCUUAUGCUAUCCCAUCUUUGAAUGAGAUUGUAAAUGCCAGGAUAGCUCAAGAUGAUGCAAAAAGGAGUACAGAUGAACGAGAAGGCGGAUAUCGCCAGAAGGAGUCUGUUGCGGGUGCAAGAGGAGAGAAAAUAAGAGUGGCACCAUCACCAUCACCAUCGCCAUCGCCAUCGCCAUCACCAUCGGAAGCUAAGACAGAAAAGGAUAGAGAGGAGAAUAUUGGUCAAUUUGGAGGCAAACACAAAACCAAGUAGACAUUUACAGAUAAGUUUUUUUUUUUUGUGAAAUAAAGAAUGUCAUUUAACGAUUGUUAUAGAGUUGAAAGAGGUAAAAUUAUCAUAUUUGUGUCCCAUGCAUUGGUAAUACUAAAUAAAUAAAACAAACAGAUUGAGAAUAAUGUAUGUGGACUGUUGAUUGUAUACGGUUACAUCAUUUAUGACAUGGAAGUGAUUCCUGAGA